AUGAACCCACUCAAGUGUGCAUUUGGAUUUACCUCAGGAAAGUUUCUUGCCUUCAUUGUGCGUCAUCGUGGAAUUGAAGUUAAUCCUGCAAAGAUUGACGCCAUUCAGAAAAUGCCCAGGCCAAAGAACUUGAGAGAUCUUCGAAGUCUCCAAGGAAACUUAGCAUUCAUCCGGAGGUUCAUCUCUAAUCUAGCCGGACGGUGUCAACCUUUCAAUCAUCUAUUGAGAAAGCAUAUCCCUUUUCAUUGGGAUCAGUCAUAUCAAAAUGCUUUUGAAAGCAUCAAAACAUACUUGCUGAAUCCACCUGUGUUAGGGGCGCCAAUGCUUGGGACGCCAUUGAUACUCUACAUCGCGGCACAGGAACGUUCACUUGGAGCACUGCUUGCUCAAGAGAAUGUGGAAGGAAAGGAACAAGCCUUGUACUACCUUAGCCGAACUCUGAUAGGAGCUGAGAUGAACUAUACGCCUGUUGAGAAAAUAUGCUUAGCGUUACUUUAUGCGAUAAAGAAGCUAAGGCAUUAUUUUGAAGCAUACACCAUCAAACUCAUCUCUCGAGCAGAUCCCGUGAAAUUCGUGAUGACUCGACCUGUUCUUUCUGAACGCCUAGCAAGAUGGUCCAUAUUGUUUAACGAAUAUGAGAUCACAUACACACCUCAAAAAGCUGUGAAAGGACAAGCACUGGCCAAUUUUCUGGCUGAUCACCCUCUUCCGGCAGAAUGGGAGCUUUCGGAUGAGUUUCCAGAUGAAGACGUUUUGUUCAUCGAAGAUUUCCACCAUGGAAAAUGUGAAACAUGCUCCGACAAUGCUGCAGAGUAUCAAGCUUUGAUCGUCGGUCACGAAAUGGCAUUAGAAAUGAAGAUUCUACAGUUGGAGAUCUACGGCGACUCUAAGCUGAUCAUCAACCAACUUUUGGGGAGUUACGAGGUAAAGAAGGAAGAUCUAUUGUCAUACCAUGAAUACGCUUCUGGUUUACUGGAAAAAUUUGACCGAGUGUUCUUGAACCACGUCCCAAGAGAAGAAUAUCGCAAGGCUGAUGCUUUGGCUAACUUGGCCACGACGAUGGCACUUGGAGAGAAUGAGUCAACAAAGGGGACAUUGUUUCGCCGCUCUUUUGAAGGACUAUUCUUGCGAUGUCUUGACAAAGAAGAAGCCUGCCAAGCGAUGGAGGAAGCACAUUCUGGCUCAUGUGGAGCACACCAAUCUGGUCCCAAGCUCCAUUUUCGCAUCAAGAGGAUGGGCUACUACUGGGCGACAAUGGUGAAGGAUUGCAUGGAUCAUGCCAAAAGAUGUCAAGCGUGUCAAUUUCAUGACAACUACAUCCACCAACCUCCAGAGCCCCUUCACCCAACUGUAGCUUCAUGGCCUUUUGAUGCAUGGGGACUUGAUGUUGUUGGACCACUUCCAAAAUGGGCUGAAGCUGCUCCACUCAAGGAGGUGAAAAAGGAGACUGUUGUCGAUUUUAUCAAGUCAUAUAUAAUUUUUAGGUACGGCAUACCAAGAUACAUAAUCACUGAUAAUGGAACGCCGUUUGACAACAAGCUCAUGAAGAGUAUGUGCGAGAAGUUCGGCUUCAAGCAACAUAAGUCUUCAAUGUAUAAUGCACCCGCCAACGGUCUUGCUGAAGCUUUUAACAAGACGCUUGGUAACCUUUUGAAGAAAGUUGUUGCAAAGAACAAGAGAGACUGGCAUGAGAGAAUUGGUGAAGCUUUGUGGGCAUACCGGACAACCUUCAGAACUACUACACAAGCAACUCCUUACUCUUUGGUAUAUGGCACAGAAGCAGUCCUGCCGUUGGAGCAACAAAUUCCAUCAUUGCGGAUAGCAAUCCAAGAAGGACUCACGUCCGAAGAGAAUGCUCAACUUCGCCUAGCAGAGUUAGCGGCAAUGGAUGAGAAAAGAUUGGAAGCGCAACAAAAAUUGGAAUGCUAUCAAGCUCGACUAGCUAGAGCCUUCAACAAGAAAGUGCGGCCACGAUCAUUCCAAGUGGGAGACUUAGUCCUAGCUGUUCGACGACCCAUAAUCCUCAACAAACGCAUAGGCGACAAGUUUACCUCAAAAUGGGAUGGGCCAUACGUUGUGAACGAAACCUAUUCAUGUGGCGCAUACAAAAUUGUCAAUAAGGAUGGUCUCAGAGUUGGUCCGAUCAACGAAAAAUUUCUGAAGCAGUACUUCCCAUAA